CCCUUUGCAGGGUGUGGCGGGCCCCAGCCACCGCCUAGGCAGUAGGUGCCUGGUAGACAUCUUAGAACUUUAAAAACGGAGACGACCUGCUUUUAGGGGAUCAUGCUGAGGGACACUAUGAAAUCUUGGAAUGAUAGCCAGUCUGAUCUCUGUACCAGUGACCAAGAAGAGGAAGAAGAGAUGAUUUUUGGUGAAAAUGAAGAUGAUUUGGAAGAGAUGAUGGACUUAAGUGAUCUGCCUACCUCACUUUUUGCCUGCAGUGUCCAUGAAGCAGUGUUUGAGGUGCAAGAACAGAAGGAGAGAUUUGAAGCGCUUUUCACCGCCUAUGACGAGCAGGUUACGUUUCAGCUGUUUAAAAGCUUUAGAAGGGUCCGAAUAAAUUUCAGCAAGCCCGAAGCAGCGGCAAGAGCGCGCAUAGAACUCCAUGAAACAGACUUCCACGGGAAGAAGCUGAAGCUGUAUUUUGCGCAGGUGCAGGUGUCCAGUGAGACGCGGCACAAGUCGUACCUGCUGCCGCCCCAGCCGGUCAAGCAGUUCCUAAUCUCCCCGCCAGCGUCUCCCCCAGUGGGGUGGAAGCAGGGUGAAGACGCGAUGCCUCUUUUAAAUUACGACUUACUCUGCGCUGUUUCCAAGUUGGGACCAGGAGAGAAAUAUGAACUUCAUGCAGGAACUGAGUCGACACCCAGCGUGGUGGUUCACGUCUGUGAAAGUGAAACCGAAGAGGUAGAAGAAACAAAAAACCCCAAACAGAAAAUUACGCAGACAAGGCGCCCUGAACCUCCAACUGCAGCACUGAGUGAGCCCCAGACCUUCGACUGUGCGCUGUGAGGCCUCUGGUUGUGGUGGGAGGCAGCGGCCCUUGUGGGUGCCGGUCAUGGAGACGGCGCCCCUCCUGCUGGUGCAUUGCUGCUAGUGGGGUAGGUGAGGUGAGCAGGGCCUGAGCCACAGUGUGUUCACCGAGCCUGCGCUGUGGACGUGGCAGUCUAGAGUAGAGGCUGAUACUCUGAACAGCACUUUAAAGGAUUAGCGCCCAACAUGCAGCAUCCCUUGACCAUUUUUAAACAACAAAUUAGGAACACGGUCCCCUCCAGGAAUGUUCCUUUCCCUGAUUCUGUGUAGCAUGGGGUACCCCAAAACUAAAACUAUAGUCACCGAGUGCAGUACCAUUUUUAUGAAUUUAAAAGUAGUCUUAACAAUUUUAAUAAUCUAGUGUGGGUAUUUUUGUACUGGUAUGAUAGCUUCUAACUAAAUCUCUUGAUCAAAGGGUAAUUAUUAUUCAGUAUACCAAAAAUUUUUUGCACGAAAAGAAACCUGAAGUAUAGAAUAAUUUGUAGAAAAUCGUUUUUCUCUGGACUUUCUUUUCUUUAACUUUGGGGAAGAAAUGCCAAAUUCACUUUGACUGUCGGGAUCAAGUGGCACAAAUCUGUGUGCACACUGUUUUCUUACUUGGAAUUCCAGAAAGUGAUGCGCACACCACUGUCCUCACGUGUCAUCCCCCCCAGAGGAAGAGCUGCUGCUUUAGGUGGGGAUAUGUCGUCAGUGAGCUUGACUGAUUGUGACUCAGGUGGCUACUGCAGUCUGCCGCCUGUGACCAUGUGCUAGCUGAUCGCAUCCCAAACCGUCUUCAGCCACCUGCUAAGUUUUCCUAUUCUAUACAUAUUUGUUUGUCAUUUGUAGACUUUAAAUUAGAAAAGGUAAUGGUAAGAUUUUCUGUGGACCAUUUUAAAUGUGUCCGUUUAAAUAUUUUUCAGCUUGAAAGAAAAGUCACGUCACACAUACUCCAUUUCUAUGAAUUAGGGAAAGAUGGGGGAGAUCAUUUUGGUAGUCAGGCUUGUCUUUUGAGGGGAAUUUUUUACCCUGGCUUACAGUAGGCACUUUUCCCUAAAACCGAAUUGUUUUCACUCAUGUUUCAGAGUGGAUAGUUGAACCUCCUAAAGUAGAAGCAAGGAUCUUUUUAAUUCUUUGGGAUCUAUGUAAAGUCCUCUUUGUAGAAAAGCCUCUAACUAAAUGCAUUGCUUGUGGUCGGGCUGCUCUGCAGAUUCUCUGCUCACGCUUUGUAUGGCAAAUGCCCGGAGCGCCUGGUAUGUGUAAAGGGGUUGCACUCGUGAGUCUGGACUAAUACGGUGUGGCUACCACUGCAAAGAGAAAAAUGCAGAAGUGCAGGCCGUGAUGUCUGUAUGUUUUUGUGGUUUAGAUGUUCUUAUUAUGAUAGAAUUUAUAUCUGAGGACUUAAACUGUAUUGCAAAAAAAA